UUUUGUCUCUACAUCUCUACUACCAAUUAAUCUAGCCAUGUUUGAAGCACGCUUGGUCGAAGGCAAAAUCUUCAAACAGAUCAUCGAGUCCAUUAAGGAUCUCGUCACCGACGCCAACAUUGAAUGUACGGAAGAAGAAAUUGCCAUUCAAUGUAUGGACUCGGCGCACGUGUCGCUCGUCGACGUGACGCUAUCCGCAGCAGCCUUUGAUCACUACCGCUGUGAUCGCAAUCUCUCGCUCGGAUUCAAUUCUGCCAACAUGAGCAAAAUCUUCAAAAUGAUGAAUCCGGACGAUGUGGUCGUCAUGAAGGCCGAAGACAACGGCGACGCGCUCACCAUGAUGUUCGAAAGCACCAAGACCGAGACGAUUGCUGACUUCGAGCUCAAGCUCAUGGAGAUUGACAGCGAACAGCUCGCUAUUCCCGAAACACCCUACAACUGCACCAUACAAAUGCCCAGUACGGAGUUCCAACGCAUCGUCCGGGAUUUGCAAGUACUCGGCGACACGUGCCAGAUUUCCUGUACCAAGGAAGGCGUGCGCUUCUCCGUCACGGGAAACAUUGGCACCGGCAACGUGCUCAUUCGUUCCAACGCUGCCGCGGAAAAAGAAGACGACCGGGUCGUUAUCGAAAUGCAGGAACCGGUCGAACUCACCUUUGCCCUGCGCUACCUCAACUUUUUUACCAAGGCGACUCCGUUGAGUGGACACGUCAUUAUCUCCAUGGCACCGGACAUCCCCGUCAUGAUCGAGUAUCCCAUUAGUGAAACCGGACACAUCAAGUUCUUUUUGGCACCCAAGAUUGAAGAAGACGCCGAUUAAACGGUCGAUUUUUGCGCGGGACCGCGACGUCAUGCGGUCGGGGGUACAAUCGUCACCGGAUACCAUUUUAUUU